UAUUCUUAACCAGCAGCACUAGGAGCAACUAGUUGUUGUCGCUUUACAACACCAUCACAAUUGUUGCGUUUUUAUAAGCGGUUUGUUUUGCUUUGAGUUUUUCUUUAAAAAAAACUAUCAUGGCUGUUGCAAAAAAGGGAAAGCCAGCAGUUAAAAAGAAAAGUCCAGAAAAGGGAAAAGUGCAGAAAGCUAAAGCUGCCCCAGCCACACCGCCUGCAACAGUAAAACAACGAACUGUGGUCACCCCUUGGCGAGACACACUAGAAUUCAAAACUACUUAUGACUGGUUAUUUGGCAAAACAUCUACACCCGCCAACCGGCGCCUGGCACUCAGUAAAAUUCGCAUUUGGAAUCUGCGAAGAGGAAACCUCUGCCCGGCGGCUGUUUUGGCCACUUCGGUGCUCGUCCAGGCUCAACUGGACGAUCAGGAGGAAAACUCAAAGAUACAGAGCACCUAUGCCAGUGCCUUCAAUCGAUUUUACAACUUCAUGUCAUCUAUCAUCCAGGGUCACAAUAUGAGCAGCAUGUACGAAACGGCCAAGGAACUGGGACUCCAGUCGUUUAUCGUGGAUCUGCGGCACUUGUGCGCCCACGGACAGGAGCUGCCGCCAGUGGAAGUCCUAAGGAACACCUCAGAACAUUGCCUGGAGUGGCUGCGCACCUACUACUGGCUGCCACACAAGGAGACAAUGUCAAAUUUAGAUGCCGGCAAGCUGCAGCGCAAGGACAAGAUUAAGUUUGAAAAUGCUGUGAACAGUCUUUUAGAGAUCUACGAUCUGACCCUGGAGUGCCAUCUCAAGGGUGCGGAGAAACUUAAGGCCAUCAGCAAACUUAAAUCCAGCGCAGAAUUUAACAAGAUUCGGGUUUUCUCCUCUAGCAAGAAGGCAAAGACAUCGAAGGAAAUACUCGAUGCGGUAGUAAAUGAUCUGAGUGCGCUGGUUAAAAAGGAGUCCACUUCUAUGAAAGCGUUGACGGACAUUUACACUCGCUGCCUGCUUAAAAUGGAAUACUUCCUUGGAGCUGGCUUGCAAAUUGAUGACAACGAGGAUGCUCUCAUUUCAGCCACGCAAGGACUUUUCAGACUUCUAGCCAUGCAAGGAUAUAUCGAAAACUUAUUUGCGGCUCUAGUGCAGUUAACUGAAAACACAAACGAGACAGAAAAUAGACGACUGGGAGCCAGCUAUUGGGCCACCAAGAUGAUUGAAACAUUUGCAAUGCUGUUCCGGAUGAAACGGAUGUACAAAGGGGAACUAGAUUUGAACGAUAAAUUAAAACCAGCGGAUUUUUCAUCUCUUAACACGGAUAAGAUAUCGAAAACCAUGCGCAGUCUUUUAGUACAUUCAAAUGUAGAUCCCUCCCUUACCCUUAUUUUUGGAGAUAAUCCAAAGAAGUCAAGAACGUUGGUCUUUGAGCGGGAGUUUAUUUUGCAGCGUGUUGGUCCUUUCAAUAAAUACUCAGGGCCAAUACUUAAAGGGUUAUUACCCCUUGCGGAUCCUCCUUAUAGCAAGUCGCAAAUAACGGAUUUGACCGAACUCUGUGACAUUAGAUUAAUGGGGUACAAAACGGAGUAUAAAGUGGAGGAUAGGAGUACCCCGGUGGAGAGUUAUAACCUGGAAUUCCUGGAAAAGCUUGUUGCCAAAGCAGCUCAAAGUAAAAGCAAUAACUUCAGCAAUCUAGAAUCCUCAGAUUUGGGCAUUUGGAAAAUGGAGAACGAUAACGAUUGGUCUAAAUGUGCAUUGGGUGUAUUACCUUGGGCUCAAUAAAUAUACCAUUCAUGUU